GGAAAUGAAAACUACAGGAAACCUGUCUAGGACUGUGAUUUUCUAGGGUUGCAAGACAUCACCAGAGAGCAGUGCACUAUGUCAACUGCAGGAGUUGCUGCUCAGGAGAUGAGAGUUUCAUUAAAAACCGGAUUCCUUCACACUAGUCAAGGCAUGGGGAGUCUGAAAACAUGCUGGGGUAGCCACAGUGGAUUUGAAAAUACUUUCUUUAACAUGGACCCUAUAGCAGUGGCAUAUAAUCUGAAUCCAUCAACAGAGCAACAUUUAUCAUCCCUUGGGCACUCUUCCAACCCUGCUUCCACGAAUGACCACAGCUUUGCUGAAAGCUGCAUCCAGGUCCCAUCUCAGAAAUCCAGUCCACCUGCCCUAAGUCCCAAAAAUGAACAGCUGAUUUCAAAAUAUGAAGACCAUCUCAUUCCCAGCUUUAGUAAACUGUCAUUAACCACGGGCUGUGUUUCUGAAGAAACACUUCCUCACAUGCCAAUAAAAAAUGGGCCAAUUCAAUUUCUGUCCACAUCUUCCAAUGACCGUAGCUCCAGGCCACUACCCCCUCUGCCUAUUUCUGAAGACCUUACUUCAGAUGAGGUUGACAAAGAGGUAGAAUUCCUGACUAGCUCAGAUACUGACUUUUUGUUAGAAGAUUAUGAACUUACUCCUUUUAAAUCCAGUACUCCGAGUCGACGGAGCUUUAGGGGCUGUGGACAAAUCAACUAUGCAUACUUUGAUACUCCAACGGGACCAAAACAAGAAGAUGCCAACCCUACACAAAGCCUAAAUGGAUACAUAUCCAGUAUUUAUCCUCCUCCACAGCAGCUGCAUCGACGUUUGCGAAGGUCCCAUUCUGGGCCAGCUGGAUCUCUUAAUAAACCAGUAGUAAGACUAUCUGGACACUUAAACAGGUCUUCUCCAAACUCUGAUGAAGAUAAACCAGAGAUUCCACCAAGGGUUCCCAUACCUCCUAGGGCUCUCAAACCAGAUUACAGAAGGUGGUCAGCAGAAGUUGCUUCUAGUGCAUACAGUGAUGAAGACAGGCCUCCGAAAGUGCCCCCAAGAGAACCUUUGUCACGCAGCAACUCCCGUACACCUAGUCCCAAAAGCCUGCCAUCAUACCUCAAUGGGGUUAUGCCCCCCACCCAGAGUUUUGCACCUGAUCCUAAGUAUGUCAGCAGCAAAGCUCUACAAAGACAAAAUAGUGAAGGAUCUUCCAACAGGGUCCCUUGCAUUCUUCCGAUUAUUGAAAAUGGUAAGAAAGCCAGUUCCACACAUUACUAUCUGCUGCCUGAGAGGCCUCCAUAUUUGGACAAGUAUGAGAAAUUCUUCAGAGAAGCAGAAGAAAGUAGCUCUAACACAGAGGUUCAGUCCUGGCCUGGUGACUGCAUAGCCACUUCAGGCCCAACAAAACUGGACUCAAAACCUAGAAUGGACAUAACUGGUCAUCUGAAACGAAAACACCUGUCUUACGUGGUUUCCCCUUAG